AUGAAUUGGUUGAUAGUCAACCAAUUAACAGUUCUUCUCUGGAAAAAUUUUACAUUAAAGAAGAGGCGGAUGAUUAGUUCAGUAACAGAAGUCUUGGCAGCAUUGUUGUUUGUAAUAAUGCUGUUGAUAUUCCGUACACUUACUGGUAUAGAUGUUGCUGGACCGUAUCAUUUCAAGCCUCAACCCAUUUCUACCAUGCCUUCUUUCAUCAAAGAUGCCAAGGAGUGGGAAUUGAUUUACAUACCUUCUGAUAUUGAUGUGGUAACAGAAAUUAUUGAGAAUGUAAAGAAGAAUCUCAACACCACUCUAAAAGUUCGAGGUUUUCCUUCGGAAGCAGAGUUUGAGAAAUAUAGUCUGCUUGGUUUUGCAUCUCAGAAAGUGCUGGGUGCUAUUGUUUUUGACUGUGACUUCAAAAACAAGAAGGAUACUCUGCCACUUCAGAUAAAAUAUCAUUUACGUUUUAUUGGUGUGCAGAGGACCAUCUGGUGGCCAGACAAGACAGGCUGGAAAACAACAUUUCUUUUUCCUAAUCAUCCUUCUAUACAACCCAGGAAUCCAGAUUUUCAUGAUGGAGGAAGUCCUGGGUAUAUCAGGGAAGGAUUCCUGGCAGUACAGCAUGCCGUGGAUAAGAGCAUUAUGUUAUAUCAUGAAAUCGGUGCUGGGAAAAAGCUAUUUGAUGAAACUAACAUUCUCAUACAGAGAUUUCCAUAUCCAGCUCAUCCUCAGGAUAAAUUGCUUUGGAUCUCCAGUCCUUUCAUCCCUUUGAUGUUCAUAAUUAUGUUCUCUUCCAUUGUUCUUUCCAUCACACGAUCCAUUGUGUUUGAAAAGGAAAAAAGAUUAAAGGAAUACCAGCUCAUAAUUGGGCUUAGAAAUUGGAUCAUCUGGGCUGGCUAUUUCUUCACGUUUUUCCCUUUAUAUGUCAUCAUUAUCCUUUUGAUAUGUGCAUUACUGUUUAUUGUAGAGGAGCCGAUCCUUCGAUACAGUGACUGCAGUUUCAUCUUUGUCUUUCUUACAUGUUAUGCCAUUGCGUCCAUAUGCUUUGCCUUUAUGGUUAGCACAUUCUUCAAUAAAACUCAUUUAGCUGCUUCUGCUGGAAAUCUCCUGUUUUUUGCCAGUUUCUUUCCCUAUAACUUCAUCUCUGAACACUAUGGAAUGUUGGGCCUUACCACCAAGGUGACUGCCUGUCUGAGCGCAAAUGUUGCAUUGGCACUGGGGAUUGAUAUUUUAAUCAAGUUGGAAAUACAAGAGAUUGGUGUUAAAUGGCAUAAUCUUUGGACACCAGCCAAUCUCGAGGAUAACUUCAUCUUUGGCUAUAUGUUCGGAAUGCUUCUGCUUGACGCUUUCUUAUACAGCCUUAUUACCUGGUAUGUAGAGGCUGUCUUUCCUGGGCAGUGUGAUGUGCCUCAACCAUGGUACUUUUUCCUUAUGCGCUCAUACUGGUUUGGCAAACCAAAAUUUCAAAAGACUGCAGAAGAGAUAAAGUGCUUCCCCAUAGUGCAUAACUGUUUUGAGACUGAACCUACCAACUUGGUAGCAGGUAUCCAGAUCAAACGUUUGUACAAGGAGUUUAGAAACAAACCCGCAGUAAGCAACUUGUCAUUGAACGUGUAUGAGGGGCAGGUCACUGUUCUUCUGGGACAUAAUGGGGCAGGAAAGUCCACAACCUUGUCUGUUCUCACAGGUCGUUUUCCUGCUACCAGAGGAGAGGCCUAUAUUAAUGGAUAUAGUAUUUCAGAUAACAUGUUUGAAAUUAGAAAAGACUUGGGCUUCUGUCCUCAACAUGACCUGUUGUUUGAUGACUUGACACUCUCAGAACACCUUUUUUUCUACUGCAUGGUAAAAGGAAUACCUCAGGACAUAAACUGUGUGGAAAUUGAACGUAUGCUGUCUAUGUUUAACCUGAAAGAUAAUUACCAUGCAUUAUCAGGCUCAGUGAGUGGAGGAGUGAGGCGCAAGCUCUCCAUCAUUAUGGCACUUACAGGGGGCUCCAAGGUAGUGAUACUUGAUGAACCAUCAUCUGGCAUGGACCCAAUGUCAAGAAGGGCCACCUGGGAUAUCCUUCAGCAUUAUAAAUUCAAUCGGACCAUUUUACUAACCACCCACUACAUGGAUGAAGCUGACAUCCUGGGUGACCGCAUUGCCAUCAUGGUCAGGGGGACCUUGCACUGCUGUGGCUCUUCCGUCUUCCUGAAACAAAUAUAUGGUGCUGGAUAUCGCAUAGUCAUGGAGAAAGAACCAUAUUGUGAUGUUAACAAUAUCGUUGCAAUGAUUCAGCAUCAUAUUCCAGAUGCUGUGUUGGAAAAUGAUUUAGGAAGUGAGUUAUCAUUUAUCCUAUCCAAAAAGUAUGUAUCAAGAUUUGAAACUUUGUUUACUGAGUUGGAAAUAAAACAGAAAACACUGGGCAUUGCCAAUUUUGGAGCUUCAAUCACUACAAUGGAAGAGGUUUUCCUUAAGGUCAAUAAUCUGGCAGCUCCCCAAAGGAAUAUUCAGACUCUCAACUCCUAUUACCUGGCAUACAAAAAGAUGAGAGAAGAUAAGCAGCAGAAUGUGAAUAUACCUGAAAAAAUGAAACAAGAUAAGCAGCAGAAUGUGAAUAUACCCAGAAAUUAUAAAGGACCAGAUUUUUCCUAUUUGAGUGAAAUUUCUACCACUAAAUUUAACACUGGGUUUCCACUUUACCGCCAGCAAUUUUGUUCCAUGUUUAUAAAAAGAGCAUUAUUCAUUUGGCGCAACUGGAAGUUGAUGUUGCUACAGAUAACAGUAAUUUUGCUUGCCACUACAUAUCUCUUAUUAGCUCUGCACUCAGAUGAUCAUGAUAUACCUGAAAGAGAAUUGGAUUUGAGUCACUAUGGUGAAACCAUUGUGCCUUACUCAGUUUCAGGGAACUCUGAUUUGGCUCUGAAUCUCACAGAGAACCUUAAGAAUUUUCUAAAGUCAAAGAAUCAAAACUUACGAAAAAUAAGAGGUGAUAUAAAUGAUUACAUAUUGAAAAAUAAAGAGUGUCGUAGCUUCUGCAUUAUUGCACUUUCUAUUGAGGUUGAGAAAAACAAAACAGUACUCACUGUUUUCUUCAAUAAUGAGGCAUAUCAUUCACCUGCAAUAUCCCUGGCGAUAUUAGACAACAUUCUUUUUAUGACACUUUCUGGACCUAAUGCUUCCAUUACCGUCUUUAAUAAGCCUCAGCCUCAGCCUCACUCUUAUUAUGAUUCUAACACAAUGACUGUAAGUGGAUUACAAAUAGUACAGUGUUUGGCUUUUGGCAUUUCUGUAGUGGUUGGGACCUUUAGUCUGCAGACAGUAACUGAAAGGAUCAGUCAAGCCAAGCACAUCCAGUUCCUGAGUGGUGUGUGUGUGCUCACUUACUGGCUGCCUGCCUUUUUGUGUGAUCUCCUCUUCUUCUUCAUUGCCUCCUGUAUACUACUGGGCGUAUUCAUAUUCUGCCAAGUGGAUGCAUUUUUUGUGAGUUACAACUUUCUGGACACGAUGCUGAUUUUUAUGCUGUAUGGCUGGUGUGCUGUUCCCCUCAUGUAUCUUGGAAGCUUUCUGUUCAGAAGUAGCACUACUGCCUACAUCAAGCUCACGCUCUUUAACUACUUUUCAACUAUUUUCAGUAUCAUCAUUUACACUGUAGUGAAAUUUUAUGGUAGUGACUUUCCUAAGUUCAUCAACAGCUUCAUAAAUACAGCUUUAAUGAUACUGCCUAGUUACAACUUUGCAAUGAGUAUCAGCAAGUAUUUUGAUGACUAUGAGAUGAAAACACUGUGUGCUAAGGAAUUCAGAAGCAUUUACAUGGAUUGCAGUGAGUCAUAUACUCAGAACAAUGUGUAUGGCUUUGGAGAGCGUGGGAUUGGGAAGUUUCUGAUCACACUGGCUACCAUGGGUUUAGUUUUUCUCCUCUUGCUUUUAUCUCUGGAGACUAUUUCCUGGAACCUGAGGAACUUUGUCUUUCGUAACAUUAUUUUUUAUUUCUACAAUAAAUUCAGAAAAGGCAGGCAAGUAAUUCUCUAUAGAAUGCCCUCAUGUGUACUCCUGGUCUUGAAAAUAUCUAACCAGGGAAUCAAAGAAGACGAGGAUGAGGACAUAAGGAGAGAAAGAAUGGAAGUUCUCACACUGAUGCUCAGGUCACAGAAAACCCCACUGGUCCUUAAAGAAGUUACAAAGAUUUAUUUUAAGUGUCCUGUUGUCAAGGCUGUGAGAAAUAUCUCCCUUGCAGUCAGGAGAUCAGAGUGCUUUGGAUUGCUUGGAUUAAAUGGGGCUGGAAAAACUACUACAUUCAAAAUGCUGACCGGAGAAGAAACUAUCACCUCUGGAGUUGCAUUGAUUGAUGGCAACAGUGUCGCUGGAAAUCCAAGAAAGAUUAGGUCAAGAAUUGGUUACUGUCCUCAGUCUGAAUCUGUGCUGAACUACAUGACAGGCCGGGAACUGCUAAUCAUGUACUCGAGGCUGUGGGGGGUCCCAGAGGAAGACAUUAACAAGUACGUGGAAACCUUUCUGCAUUCAGUGCACCUGGAACACUUUGCUGACCAGUUUAUCUACACAUACAGUGGUGGAAGCAAACGCAGGCUAAGUACCGCUGUUGCCCUAAUGGGAAAGUCUUCGGUUGUCUUCCUGGAUGAGCCGUCCACUGGCAUGGACCCAGUAGCUCAGCAUCUGCUGUGGGACACAGUUACAUGGAUCUGUAGGACCGGUAAAGCUAUCAUCAUAACUUCUCACAGAAUGGAAGAAUGUGAGACACUCUGCACUAGGCUGGCCAUCAUGCUGAAAGGGAGGUUCACCUGCCUCGGCAGCCCCCAGCAUGUCAGAAAGAGGUUUGGUCAUGUAUACACCCUAACAGUAAAGAUCAAUAUUGCUAAGGAUGAAGAUAAAGUAGCAGAGUUCAAAAAGUUCAUUCAAACAACUUUCCCAGGUAACAUCAAAAACCAGGAAUUUCAAGGGAUUAUUGGCUACUAUAUUCCAAGCAAGGAAGUCUGCUGGGGAAAGGUAUUUGAAAUUAUGGAGGAAGCCAAAGUGCUGUUCAAUCUGGAAGACUAUUCUGUCAAACAAGUAACCCUGGAACAAAUCUUUCUGACCUUUGCUAACACUGACAAAAUGAGAGAUUUUCAGGAAGUAAUUUUCUAA